AUGGAACCCCCGCCUCCCCCGCCGCUUGGUGCACCAACCGCCUUCGGCACUCCCAUCGCUUUCCCCCAGGUGACCAUCCCCUUGCAUACACAUCAUCCACAUCCGCAUUUGCCACCAGGUCCUCCUUUGGUGCCACCACCCUCCAUGCUGGAGCCCCCACCACCCCCGCCUCCAACCAUGGACAUGGGAGUGCCCGCCGCUCCAGCUCCUCGUGCACCCCUUUCAGAUGCUGAGGUGAAGGCGGCAGCUUCAGCGGCCCUAAGCAAGUUCAUGAAGGACAUGCCUGACAAGCCCGAGAAGUCUGAAAAGUCCGAGAAACGCCGCAGCCGCAGCCGCAAGCGGAGCAGGAGCAGCAGAGGCUCCAGUCGAAAGAGCCGGAGCAAGCGGAGCCGAAGCAAAAGGAGCUCCAGCCGAAGGAGCCGAAGCAGGCGGAGCCGCCGCAAGCGCAGCAAAUCCCGGCGGAAAAAGCGGAGCCGCAGCCGAGACAAGGGCCGCAGCUCGCUGGUGGAGCCGCCCCCGGUCCCCGGAGCUCCAAGCACAAGUGCUGCCAGCGCGGCCGCCAGCGCUUCCGACAAGAGGAGCAAGUGGGACGAGGCCAGCCAACCUGCCUGGAUGCAGGAUAUGAUGCAGGCCCUGAAGUCCUCGGACGCCCCCGCCCCUCCACCGGCUCCGUCGGCCCCCAAGCAAAAGAACGACCCGGACCGACCCAAGGGCCAUAAGGUCAUCGAGCUUCCGGCGCACUUGAUUCGGGUACUGAUUGGCAAGGCUGGCUCAACCAUACGCGAAGUUUGCAGUCGCAGUGGGUGCGACAUCAAGGUCAACCACCUGCCUCACGAGCCCCAGGGCAGCAUCUCUGUGGUGGGUGAUAUUGAGAGAGCAGAGGCGGUAAUCCAGGACAUCUUCCGCGCGCGUGGAUGCAAGUGGUCCCCGACAGGGGCCCCGUUGGCAGAGCAAAGUGAGGAGGACGUAAAGAUCCCCGCCGACCUGGUUGGGCUCUUCAUCGGCAAAGGCGGCGAGACCAUCAAAGACUUGCGUGAGAGGUGUGGUGGUCAGGUCUCCAUCACCAUCCAGCCAUCUGCUACACCGGGCGGUAUGCAAGGCGCGCGAAAUGAUGACCUGGGGGCGAUUGGCCAACAAGAAAUCAUACCUACCCUAGAGUCUCUAACCAAUACCUUAGGUGGACCCCCCACCACUAUUACUAUAGGGGAUAAUACGGAUUAUAUUAGGGUCCUCUUAUACCACUAUUACAGGGUGGGGGGUCCUCCUAACCAAUACCCUAUGCCUUAUGAGUUGCAGUAUACUCGGGGUUCUAAGUGGUGA